CCUUGCGGAAACCCUAGCCGCCGCCGCCGCCGCCGCCGCACGACCACUCGUCGCUCUCCUCUCCUCGCGAGCCCUCGCUUCGGAAGGAUCCGGGGGAGAUGGCCAAGUCGAAGAACCACACGGCGCACAACCAGUCGUUCAAGGCGCACAAGAACGGCAUCAAGAAGCCGAAGCGCAACCGCCAGACCUCCACCAAGGGGAUGGACCCCAAGUUCCUGAAGAAUCUGAGGUAUUCAAGGAAGCACAACAAGAAGAGUGGCGAGGCUGAAGCCGAGGAGUAAGAUUGAAGUUUAUGACCUUAGAAAAGCAUGGCUUGUGUUUCCCCUGUUUUAGCUUACUUUUGCCUUUAGGAUCUGGACUUUAACUAAGAUCAAACUGAAAUGGUAUUAUGUAUGAUCGCAAGGAUCCUCCUUUGCUGCCUACGCAUAUUAUUAUGAUCAUUAUUCCUUAUUAAGGUCAUGCUAUGUUUUGCUUC